AGAGGCGACAGUAGGCAACCCGCUGACAGCGUUUGGACAUGAUUUAACUUUGUCGGGACUUUUCGGUGUCAGUUUGGACCUUUAAAAAAAAAAAAAAAAAACAUAUAUAUAUCACCAUGACACUGUUACCUGCGCGCGAGCGCGGCGAUAAACGUGUUUUAACGACUUUGGACAGGAAGUGAGAGAAGAGGGAAGUUGUUGAAGAGAGAGGGGGGAAGGGGGGGGAGAGGAAAAAUAGAUCCAUUAAAAAGUGUCAAGUUGUGUCAAGUUCAAGUCCAGUUUCAUCUUCGUGGAGGACGGCGGGCUGCAGUGUUUUGGGGGGCAUGGACACCCACGUUAAGGAGGGACAGCUUUAUGUGCAGCAUCAAAAGUUUGGGAAGAAAUGGAAGAAGAACUGGUUUGUCCUUUACCCUGCCAGCCAAAAUGGCAUCGCCCGCCUCGAGUUCUUCGAUGGUCCUUCAGGUGGAGGAGGGGGGGGCGGCGGCAGCUCUAUAAGCGGGUCCAAUGAAAAAACCAGGAAGCUGGACAAGAAGAUCAUCCGGCUGUCUGAGUGCAUUUCCAUCCUCCCUGCCCUGACCGAGAGCUGUCCCAAAGACAACAUGGCAGCGUUUUGUGUGGAGACAAAUGAUAAGACGCACGUGUUUGCAGCAGAAAAGGCUGUUUCCAAGGAGUGGAUGGAUACCAUGUGUGACAUUGCAUUUCAGGGGGGAAGUGGCAGCAGCAACAGCACUGCUGUAGACUCUAAUGGCAGACCCCAGGACCUGCAGAUGUCUGAGAACCUCAUCUACUACUCCAGAGAACAGGUGAACGAGUUCUGGGUGAGCAUUCAACGGACCGAGGCCUCAGAACGUUGUGGGCUUGCGGGCAAUUACUGGCUGAAAGCCGAAAACGACAUCUUGAUCUUGAAGGAGCCAAAGACCAAGAGGAAUGUUCUAGUUUGGCCCUACAAGCUGCUGAGGAGAUACGGCAGGGACCGGGUGAUGUUUUCAUUUGAGGCGGGCCGACGGUGCGACUCAGGCCCGGGGACAUUCACCUUUGAGACCAAGCAAGGCAAUGAGAUCUUCAUGCUGGUGGACCAGGCUAUUCAGUCACAAAAAGCUCUAGCUGAGGAGCACCGCCUCAGCAGCCCCAUGAACAUUGACGCGGACUGCCCAGCAUCGCUUCAACACAUACGCAACGCUAUUUCCAGCAGCAUGACUUCGGGAAGCGGCGACAGCAGCAGCUGCAGCAGUCGCGAGGCGGAUGGGGAUUCAGGCGGCAGCAAACCAGGCUCGGCUGACGGUGUGCUUGGGAAGAGGGAGGGAGGAGACGGAGGAAGGGUGCAAGGAGGUGGAACUGGAAUUAAAGGGAGGAGUUUACCAGACCCUCCACUGAUGUUGGGAGUUUUGGGAGGAGGUGGGACACCGCCACGGUCUCCCAAAGGAAAUAUGGGGAAAGGUGUGUGCUUAGCUUAUGAAAAUGCAAGUCUUUACUCUGAACCAGCAGAUUCAGUCCGUUUGCUUCUGCAGAGUGCUGAUUGCCUCUAUUCCGACCCAGUGGACAGCAUCAAGGGUCAGAACCAAACCAGCAAUCCAUCCACCCCUCCAGUGCCCACUCCACGCCAGCGACCAGUAGGUGAUGACACCAUGGGAGCGGGGGUCCAAGGGGAUCAUAACCCGUCAGGCAGUAACCAUAGGAAGCCCCCAGAUCUGUACUCACAUGUGUACGAUCAGAUCAACAUGGAGCUGAACCAGAAAACCAGUGCACUGAAUCUGAACGGGGGUCUUGGGAGAGGACGAGGGGGGGGGAGGGCAGUGAACAAUAACAGGCGACCUCCAGGAGGUCACGCAGAAGGAGCUCCGUCACCUCCUGCCUCUUCUCAUGAGCACAUAUACGAUGAACCAGAGGGAUGCGCAAAAGGAAGCAUCCCCGCUAGCUCAGUGUUGCCUAUUUAUGAUGAGGCUCACGUAGAGCCCCACAGCCAGAGGAAACAGGAAGAGGUGGUGCCCCCAUCAGGACAGGAGGGGAAUUACAGCACCCCGUCCCAGGGAAAGCAGCCUCAAAGACAAUCUCCUCCACAGUUUGGCCAGGGCCGCGGCACACCACAGCCUCCAACACCACGGUUCCCCAAGCCCACCACUGCUCCCAAACCGAGCAGGGGUGCUUUUGCUCGGAAGGAGCCGGUUCCUCUGCCCCCGGGGAAACAUGGAGGUCCCAGUAAUAAUGUGAACAACAACAACAACAUUUGGUGUGGGGGUGGUGGAGGAGGGGGGAGGGUGGUGUACAGCAAAGUAUCAAGAGCUAAGCCUCCGGCUACUAGUGUGUGGUACAACCAGCACCACCAAGCGAAGCUGAGAUCACCUGAUAUGAUAUAUGACAACCUGGGAGAUAUUUGACAUCGAUCCCUUUGUUAAGAGAUAGAGUGAUGGUGAAAGACACAUUUCUGGUCAGCGUCUGCGCUCUUUUUGAAAGGACUGUGCAUAUUUCACAUUUCUUCCAGCUGCAAACUGGAAUAAUUAUUUGCGACGGUGGAUUAGCUCACAGCCUGACUGCAUUAUUGAAACAUGGAGUGCAGCUAUCGUGGGGGCCUGCGCGUGUGUGUGUGUGUUCCAGAAAAAGAGAGAGUGAGUGUUUGCCUGGUCAAACCCGUAAUUGGUGUACCCAAGCCACAGUGUGGUCGGACCCAGCCACUUCACUUGAACACACACACACAGAGGCACACAUAAAGGAACCGAAUGGAUUUGGCAAAAGAGAAUCUCAGCCUACGGGCUGCACUUUAACAAGCUGAGAGAGUGACUUGGCUCUUCUUUUCUAAAGAGUCUGCUGUGGCUGUGAAGUGACGGAGAAAAAUGUUUCUGUUUUUUUGCACUGCUGCUUUUCUGUUUCUCUGAAAUGUGAGACAACAUGACGGACACGAGUCAUAGUUUGACGGUGAAACCAAUUGUUUUCUGUUUGUGUUUUCUGGACUGAUUUAUUCUCUUAAAUCCCACCAAAAUGGGAAGAUGAACAUUUUCAGGCCAGGACACUAAAAUAAGAUGUGGUUGCACUGGAAGCACCACUGUUAAAAAAAAUAGUAACUGAUUUAAUGGAGGCACGAAAAGUAGAUCUUUAAGACCACAUCAGGGUCAAUGAAACAGACUCGUGUGGCCAUUAAAUCAUAACUUCCUGCACAAUAUUAUUUUUUAAUCCUGUAUAUUUCUGUGCAAACUAAAUAUGAAACUAAUCAGUCCUCUGCUAUGUAGUAAGUACGUGUGUGUAUGUGUCAGAAACAGCUGCGCUGUCUGUAAAUAUUACUAAUAAUAAAAGUGGCUCUACAAAUUUGAACUAUUUCUUCAAAGUGAAUCUUUGAAC